GGAUUAUUCAAUUGUAAUCGUGUACUUUGAAUCUACUAUGAAAGACAGCUGAUUCGGAACAUCUUUUAAAACGCAGACAAAUAACAAAUAGUACAUCACAGCACACCAAAAAUGGGAAGUCGUAAACUGACAACAUCAUCAAAAGUUCAAAAAGAACAUAAUCGAAAAACUCGGAACGAUAAAGAUGGUGGAUAUGGUUGGUUUAUAGUGCUUUUAUCUAUGUUUGCACAUAUUAUAACUUAUGGAGUCAGUUGGACGGUUGGUGUUUUCUUCGUGUUGUUUCUCAAUGCAUUUCAUGCAACGAAAGGAGUUACUGCAUGGGCUGGAUCAUUGAAUACCGCUUGUCUUUACAUUGUUGGCCCUGUAAGUAGCAUAUUGAUCAACAAGUUUGGAUGUAGACCUGUAGUCAUCCUAGGGGGUGCCAUAGCUGCAGUUGGUCUUGGUACAAGCGCCCUUGCAACGAAUAUAUACCAUUUGUACAUUUCGUUUGGUGUAGUCACAGGUGUUGGGUUCGGAAUAGCGUAUAUUCCGUACUUGGUGAUAGUAAAUCACUACUUCCACAAAAAGCGAUCCAUAGCUGUCGGGAUAGCCGUGUCGGGCAUAGGGUUUGGUUCAUUCAUAUAUCCACCAUUGAUAGAGACAUUAACCCAUCACUAUGGUUGGAGGGGAAUGUUGAUCAUUCUCUCCGGGAUCACUUUGAACUUAUGUGUCAUUGGCGCUUUUAUGAGGCCAUUUAAAGAUAUGGACCAACACAAGAAUCAGAUGAAGGUUAAAGAAAGAGUUUUCAACAUAGAUAUAUUUAGAUCAUUGGAUUUUCUCUUGUUAUGUUUAAAUAAUCUUUUAUUUUCGUUUGGUUUAUCUGGUGUUUACUCUCAUCUCUCCGAAUAUUCAUUAGUAAUGGGGAUAGGUGGACCCGAGAGCUCGAUGUUAUUUUCUGUGAUCGGAAUCUCAAAUUUAAUUGGACGAUUUAUGAUUGGAUUCAUAGGGAGCCAUCCAGUGACUAAUGCUAUUCUGUUGUACAUAGGCGCGUUCUCUGUGUCAGCAAUAGCUACGUUAUGUCUCCCUUUGUUCACACAAUAUGGAACGCUGAUAUCGUAUGCGGUUAUCUUUGGCUGGAGUAGCGCAUCAUUCGGUGUCUUGCUACCUGGGAUAACUUGCAAAUUUUUAGGACUUGAAGAGCUAGCUAGCGGCUACGGCGUUCUCCUCCCAUUUAACGCCAUUGGGACAAUGCUAGGAGGGCCGGUAGCUGGAUUUUUGUAUGAUAUUCUCCAUUCCUACAAUGCUUCUUUCAUAGUCUUGGGAAGUGCAAUGCUUUUGAGCGCAGUACUUAUGGUAGUACCUUACUGGCGCGAGAGACGACGCCCGGAAUCCAUUCUGAACGUAGAUCCUAUCAAGAAGGUGAAACCAAAUGUUCUUUUGGAUGAAACACACCAUGAAUCAGAUCUCGACGAUUCUAUAGGAAAAAUGGAACUGGAUGAUCUGCCGAAUAGAACUGAUGUACAUGUAGAUAUAUGAUAGAGCAAGGCACUAACUAUGGCAAUAGCUUGGAUAAUUUUUACAAUGUUUUGGAUUUGGAAACAAAAUCUUCUUUUUUUUAUUCAGAAUACUAGAAUAGUAAGUUUGCAUGGCGGUCAUAUAUUAAAGCCAUUCGACAAAAGGGACAUUACAUAUUCACCGAUGAUUUAAAACCGUGCCACACACUUAUUGCUUACUAGUUGCUUACUAGUAUUAACCAAUCUUUGCUUAUGGGGUUGGUGUGGUGUGUUUUCCUUAUGGGUGUUUUCGUUCUCCAAUACCUUUCCAUUUUAUAUUAUCCCUUUGGCAUUUGUCCAUACUAAUUUUGUGAUUGUGUUGCCCAUGUUAAACUUUUAAAUGCAAAAGAUAAUGUUCUACCAUUGUAAUCCU